AUGGAUCUCGACAGCUCUACGCCCGCUGGUACCCGGGUUAAUAUCAUUGUACUUGCUUUCACACUAGUUUCUGGUCUCAUAGUGUUUCUACGUCUUUUUACACGAUUGGUAAUAUCGAAGGGAGCCGGGCUUGAGGAUGCGUGCAUCGUGGUUGCUAUGAUUCUUUCCGUCGCACUUGCCGUGCUGACGGCGGAACAAGUAAUGAAUGGGUUGGGCGAACACAAGUCGCGGCUUGAAAUCAAUGAGCAGAUUACUCUACGUACAGCCUUCUGGGCAAGCGUCUGGGUUUACAACCUCACCCUUGCGGUCACAAAGGUCUCUAUCCUCGUGCAAUAUCUCCGCAUAUUUCCUGUGCGAGGCUUCCGCAUAGCUUGCUAUGCUAUGCUCAGUAUCGUAAUACUUUAUGGGGGGUGGGCGACAUUCUCGAGCGUGUUUAUCUGCAGCCCCGUCGCCUUUUCAUGGGAUAAGUCCAUCGAUGAUGGGCGUUGUGUGAAUCAGCUCAUCAUAUGGGUUGUAAACGCCGGUGUCAAUAUUGCACAAGACGUGGUUAUCUUUCUCAUGCCGCUAUCCAUUGUUAGGGCUCUUCAUCUACCUAAAUCGCAAAAAGAAGGCUUGGUGGCUGUGUUUGUGUUAGGUGCUAGCGUCACGAUGGUCUCUAUCAUACGGCUGUACACCCUAGAUAAUAUCGCCAAUUCAACCGACAUAUCGUUCGAUAAUGUGGAUCAUGCGACAUUAUCUGCAGUGGAAGUAAACGUCGGCAUUAUAUGCGCUUGCAUACCAGCUAUGCGACCUCUUUUCGCUCUGCUGGCGCCGCAUUACUUCUCAGCAGUGCCGCAAUACACCAACGCUAGAAUUCUCGAUAUCGAGCGCCAAAAACAGAGAACUGGUCGCCAAGGGAACACCCGACCUACUACGGCGACGCCCAGGACGAGACCGAACACGGCACGGACAACCAUUAUUCGUCCAACUACUGCUACUACUACUAGGACAAGACCCAGUACGGUGCGCACCACCAUGGCUGGGCCGGGUACCGUCACCCAUGUAACGAGACCCAGCACAGCACGAACAACGACGCGAUCAAGCACUUCCCACACCCUCAAGCUCGAGACAACCAUUCCGAGGGCCGACUCGGUGCAAAGCGACAUCCCUCUUCAACCUCUUGUGCCAACGCUCUCUCGCACCCCAAGUGGUCGCUUCUCUGUCGCAAACAGUAGUCGUCCACCAACGCUACGUCUACCUAGCUACAACAAUCACUCUCGCAAUGCAAGCGGUAGUUCGCAAAGCACACAGAGCUCGACGCGAGGGCGAUCUGCUACACGCUUUCAAGGAAGGCCUGAUCCUCUGCGCAUGUCACCCAUCACACCAUUCAGCCCUCCAUGGCCCGCCCCGUUGCGAACGGGAUCGCCGUUGGCCUUGGGUUCCCACACCCGACACCCGAGCAGCCAGAGGGCGCCUUCUCCAUUACCGCCACGAACACCUGGAGCUGACAAGCAGCUACCACUCACGCCUUUCCCAGUCGGCUCAGUAGACUGA